AUGCGUUUCGGCAAAACUUUACGAAAUUCAAUCUAUUCUCCUUGGAGCGGGAAAUAUAUCGAUUAUCAUAAGCUCAAGGUCCUGCUACGGGAGGACGACGUCACCAAAGAUGCUAGCGAUUCGGAGGACUCACAAUGGACCGAUCAGGAUGAGGAGGCGUUUGUGCAGGAGCUGCUCAACGUUCAGCUAGACAACGUCAAUGCUUUUCAGGUCGAAACCUCUCGACAGCUCCGAGAACGUACCUCGACUUGUGAGGCGAAGUUGCGGUCAUUGGCGCCUGCUGAGCAGCAGCAACAGACACCUACAACGGAUGAUGAAGAGAAGAAGGCUAUUGCUUCAGAAGUCCUUCAGGAACUAGAUAGUAUUACAAAGGAAGUCAGCGAGCUGGAGAAAUAUAGCCGUAUAAACUUCACCGGCUUUCUCAAGGCUGCGAAGAAACAUGACCGCAAGCGUGGCACCCGGUACCGUGUCAGGCCACUUCUCCAAGUGCGUCUGUCGCAACUGCCAUUCAACUCGGAGGACUACUCGCCUCUGGUACGCCGACUUUCGGUGAUGUAUUCGUUUGUUCGCGAAAUCCUUAGCCGUGGCGUUGUCGAGCCCAAAAAUGACGGAGAGCCUCGAUUCGGUGAAGAUGUAUACUCCUCGUUUAAGUUCUGGGUCCAUUCCGACAAUGUUCUCGAAGUCAAGACUUACAUUCUGCGACAACUGCCCGUGCUCAUCUAUAAUCCUGGGACUUCAAAGGAAUUGCAGACCCUUCUUGAGGACCCCGCUAUCACCUCUCUAUAUUUUGACAACCCUAAAUUCGAACUUUACAAUCAGAAGGUAGCCAAGGCUCCCGAGGCUGGAUCUCUGCGAUUACGUUGGACCGGAAAUCUAAAGGACAAGCCCGCAAUCUUCUUAGAGAAGAAGGUCGUGACUGAUGAUGAUCGAAGCAGAGAGGUCAAGGUGCAACUCAAACAGAAGCACGUCCAAGAGUUUCUCAAGGGAGAAUAUCGACUUGACAAACAGGUCCAUCGAAUGGAAGGCAUGGGAAAUGGUGAGUCGGAGCAGGCAGAGUCUCUGAAAAAAGACGUGGAAGAGCUCCAGUCAUUUAUCAAGGAGCACAAUUUGCAGCCGAUGGUUCGGGCCAACUACACCCGCACUGCAUUCCAGAUUCCUGGCGAUGAUCGCAUCCGGAUUUCCCUUGACACCAAUCUCGCAUUGAUUAGAGAAGACUCGCUUGAUCAGGAACGCCCUUGCCGCGACCCAAAUGAAUGGCAUCGCACCGAGCUUGAUGAGGCCGGCAUGGUGUAUCCAUUCAACGCCAUCAGAACCGGAGAGAUCUCCCGCUUCCCUCAUGCUUUACUUGAAGUCAAACUCAGGGGAAGUGCGCACAACGCCGAGUGGGUAAAUGACCUUAUGUUUUCUCACCUGGUUAAAGAGGCUCCUCGCUUUUCCAAAUUUGUCCAUGGAAUCGCGCAACUUUUCGAAGACAAUGUCAAUUCGUUUCCUUUCUGGCUUGGUGAGCUCGACAGUGACAUUCGGCGGGAUCCUGAGACUGCAUUCCACGAGGAGCAAGAAAGAUUGGCCAAGCGAGCAGAAGAUGACAUUGCAGUUGGAAGCUUCCUGGGCGGAAAAGGUAGCCCAAGUAGAAAGCCCCUGGCAGAAUCUCGAAUCGCCAGGUACUCCGAUGUAGGCUCUCCGUCACGGGUGCGGAGAGCCUCCCACGUCGUACAACAACGGCCUCCUCGAUUGUCGGUUACCGGCCCUGAGCCUGAACCCCAGCCCCAGCCCCAGCCCCAGGAGGAAGCCGAAUUGCCUGCCGAGCAAGAGCAAACGCCGGCCAUGUCUCGUCUAGGAGCUCUUUUCCCAUCAUUUUCCACCUCAAAGCGCAGUCGCACACACCGUGGGGCGAUGGUGUUACCGCCGGGUGUGCGAGACCCGGGAACAUGGAUCAAGGACUCUGGCCCUGUGCGUGUUGAAAGCAAGGUAUGGCUCGCCAACCAGCGAACCUUGAUCAAAUGGAUGCAUGUCACUGUUCUGCUCUCGUCUCUGUCCCUGGCUCUCUAUAAUGCAGCGGGGAAGCACAACGGCAUAGCUCGUGCCCUUUCCGUCGUCUACACUUUCUUUGCCGUCUUUUCUGCUGGAUGGGGAUGGUACAUGUAUGAGAAGCGGGCCAACCUUAUCCGACAGAGAAGCGGGCGUGAUCUCGACAACAUGUUCGGACCCAUGGUCGUGUGCAUUGGUUUGGCUGUAGCUCUCGUGCUGAACUUUGCAUUUAAAUACUCUUCUACUCUUGAAAAGAUCCGCCAGAAUCACCCCUACCCAUAUUCAUCUGACAGCUCCAUCUAUUCGGCUGCGCCUGUUGAGAACCAAACCUCGUGGCAGUUGGUGAAACAGGCUCCAUAA